CUCACAUCAGCAGAUGCAUCUUGUCCCACAAGCAACAACCUUGGUCUACUUGGAGGGAAGAAGUAUAACGUCUCCAGAGAGCUCUCUGAGAAUUUGCCAUGGCCGCCGACCCUGCAGCAGAACUACCUUUCUUCUUCGGCAGCAUCAGUCGCGCUGACGCUGAGCAGUAUUUAAAGCUGGCCGGCAUGUCAGACGGGCUCUUCUUGCUGCGUCAGUGUUUCCGAAACCUGGGUGGCUAUGUCCUCUCCAUGGUGUGCAACAUUGAGUUCCACCAUUACACCAUUGAGAAACAGGUUAACAACACCUACUGCAUCGCACGAGGCAAACCCCACUGUGGGGUUUCAGAGCUGUGUGAGUUCUACAGCAAGGACCCUGAUGGGCUGGUGUGUGCUCUGAGGAAACCCUGCUUACGCUCCCCGGAUACAGCGAUCCAAACCGGUGUGUUUGACAGCCUGAAGGAACACAUGUUGAAGGAGUUUGUCAAGCAGACCUGGGGCCUUGAGGGAGAAGCCAUGAAGCAAGCGAUCAUCAGUCAAGCUCCUCAACUGGAAAGGCUCAUCGUCACUACAGCCCACGAGAGGAUGCCUUGGUAUCACGGUCAAAUCCCCCGACAGGAAAGUGAGAGGCUGCUCUAUCGCGGUAGUCAACCAGACGGCAAGUUUCUCAUUAGAGACCGAGAGGAGCCGAAUACUUUUGCACUCUCUGUCAUGUAUGGAAAAACUAUUUAUCACUAUCAAAUCAUCCGAGGCAAGUCAGGAACAUAUUCUAUGCCAGGAGGGACACAGUUUGAUACAAUAUGGCAGCUGGUAGAGUACCUGAAGAUGAAAUCUGAUGGCCUGGUGACAUGUCUUGGCGAUGCAUGUGUCAACGGAGCGGCUGGAAAGCUACCCAGUCUUCCAGCAACAAGGAGAAUGGGCCUAAAUAGCUACACACCGACCCCUCGAGGCUCGGUACCUCUGAAUGUGACUGCCAAGGCCGCCCCAGCAGCUGUACCUGCAGAUGAUCUUCUACUUCCAAUGGACUGCGUCGGGUUCAACGCAUAUCAUAAUCCCAACGACAUCAAGAAGUUUAACAUUCGGAGGGACCAGCUGAUGAUCGACGAGGUUGAGCUCGGCUCUGGCAAUUUUGGCUGCGUGAAGAAGGGAGUCCUCAUGGCUGACAACGGCCAGAUGGAUGUUGCCAUCAAAGUGCUGAAGAGCGACAACGAGGCGCUAGUGAAGGAGGAGAUGAUGAAGGAGGCGGAGAUCAUGCACCAGCUGAGUAAUCCCUUCAUUGUUCAGAUGCUGGGGCUGUGCAGGGCUGAAAGUCUGAUGCUGGUCAUGGAGAUGGCUGCCGCCGGACCUCUCAACAAGUUUCUUUUCUCAAAUAAAGAUACGGUAACGGUGGAGAACAUUGUCAACCUGAUGCACCAGGUGUCCAUGGGGAUGAAAUAUCUGGAAGAGAACAACUUUGUGCACAGAGAUUUAGCAGCUCGCAAUGUAUUGCUGGUCAACCAACAGUCUGCUAAAAUUAGUGACUUUGGGCUGUCCAAGGCCCUGGGAGCGGACGACAGCUACUACAAGGCCCGUUCUGCAGGCCCAUGGCCGCUGAAGUGGUAUGCGCCAGAAUGUGUCAACUUCCGCAAGUUCUCCAGCAAAAGUGACGUGUGGAGUUUCGGGGUCACCAUGUGGGAAGCCUUCUCAUAUGGCGGGAAACCCUACAAGAAAAUGAAACAGGUGGAGGUGAAUAAUAUGAUUGAAAGUGGGAAGCGCUUGGCGUGUCCCGCAAAGUGUCCGGAACGGAUGUAUGAACUGAUGAAAGAAUGCUGGAUAUACAAACAUGAGGAGCGCCCCGACUUCAAGAAGGUGGAGGAGUCCAUGAGAUCUUACCAUUAUUCCAUAUCAAACAAGGUUAAACCAGAAGGAUUUGCCUCUGCCGCUGAUCCGACGAAGCCGACAUAAAAAAAAACAACAAGGCACAUUCUGUCCCAUGGCUGUACAAUGUAUCCAUUCAGCUGGUCAUUAAACAAGCAAAACAAAGAACUAUUUAUGAGCCGUGCACACUGCCCAGCCUGAACUCAAGCAGCCAUACAGCUGUACAGGCUUCAGUGACGAUAAGGAAGCAUGCGUAACAUCAGUCGGCUAAAUACGAUACAUCUUUACUGUGUGAUAUCUUAGUGUGUACUGCGAGUAUUUCUUCCGAUACACUGUAAGAAGUGACUUUGUGCAUGGUCUGUCAUAAAAGGAGCUCAAAAAACAUGUUUUUUUCUAAACUGAAUAAAUGUUGCUUGUCUCCAUAAAAUAGCAAUGUCUGUAUGUUAGUGUCUUGUAAAUGUGCUAAAUCCGCAGGUUUUAAAGUGUGAGGUAGGCCUGCGGAUACUCCAGGGAAGGCGCAGCUGUUGGAGACUUUUUUUUGUUUCGAACCUAACACUGUUAAUAAUGUUCAUUGUAAAUUCACAGCAAAAACUGGCUAAUAAUUGCAUUACUUUCACUGUAAUCUACUGUGGAAUAUCUACACAGCCACUUACUGCAACAGCAACACUGGGAUUUUACAGUCAAUUACAAUAACGCUUUAAUGUUACAUGCGCUCUCAUUUAAACAGCAUACUGCCACAAACUGUACAAGGGUGCAUCUACGGAACCCCUGAAGAGACAAAUCAGUUUGAAUUUCCAGUAAAUUGUUGUGAUAUUACAGAGGACUAUGAUUACAGUGAUAUUAUGUGAUAAUAUAGUGUUAUUUUCCAGUGAAAUAACAGUUAAUCGUUCAUUGCUGUGAAAUAUAAGGGUACUGUAAUUUUUAGUCAGCUAUUGUAGUGUUACAGUACAUUUUGAUUACAGUAUUUUACAGUGAAAAGACACUGCUAAAUGCUGUGAAAUCUUAAUUUUUUUUUACAGUGAUGCUAACGUCAGACAAGAUCUUACAUUUUAUUUUGAUUAACGGUUUGUACAUUUUACUCUCUUUUGUACGC